AUAGAGUCUACUUUUUAGGUGUGGCCUAGCAAGUAUGUAGUGCCAAAUUUUAGUGGCCAAUCAAAGUUCCCAUUUUCUUCUGUUGAUUGUGGCCCAUCAAUAAAAUUUUAUCAUCAUCAUAAAGAUUAAGAAGAAAAAAAACAAAAAUCCUGGAAAUAAAAAAAGGCUUGCAUUCUUUUCUACUUUUAGAGAGGGGGACAAUAGCUCACAAGUCACAACAUUGCAUAACGACAGUGGACUCAGACUGGAAUGGUGUCCCCACUAUUCCCACCUUGACUUAACUCCAAACAAACCCUGGUUGGAUAAAACAUAGCCAAUUAGCCAUAGUCUUUUCCCAAGUAUUUUCUCUCAAUUUUCAAUUACUAAUUUUAUAAUUUAUAGUCAUAAAUCAUUGUCUACAGAGCAUUUUUUUUUAAAAAAAAAAAAAAAAAAAAACCAAUUUGUGAUGAAGUGAGUCCAUUUUCCAGAUAUAUUUUUUGGGGCCACGAAAUAGUUUUCUCUCCUGCCUUAGUUUUUUUCUCACUUUCCUGACCCCAUGCUUUAGCUUUCUUAUCCUAAACGCCGACUAGCAAUGCAAACACACCUUUAGUCUUUAGACUAUUAAUUAUUCUUAUUUUUUAAUAAUCCAUCUGAGGAGCAUUAAAGAAAUAAGGAUGGGAUGAAAAACACGUAGGCAGAGAAAAGGAAAGAUAUGGGGGCUUAGUGGCUCCUCUUUUUCAUAUAUUGCCUCAUUUUCUUCCAUCCCAAUACUUCCUUUCCAUUUGGUCUUCACUUGCAAUACAAGAGCUUGCAGGUUUUUUUUUUGUUUUGUUUUUGAUACAUUAGUUUUCCAGCUCUCGUACUAAUUUUAAGCCCCAGAACUCUAUCCAAAAUCAUCAAAAAGGUAAAUUGCAAGUCGCCCAAACAGCAACUUGCAACUUUUUUUGGAAUCCAAAGGGUCAGCUCUGUUUUGAAUUUCUUCCCCUAUGAACUGUGAUUGGAUUGUUGGAAUUACAGAUAAUGGGGAAGAAGAAGGCUGUGAGGAAGAUAAAGGAGUUGUCAGUAGUAGGUUCAGUGAGUGGAGAGCCUCAACAGCCGACUCCAAGGAAGAGAGGCAGGCCUAGGAAGAUUGCAGCCCAGGUUGAAGAAGAAGAAGAAGAAGAAGAAGAAGAAGAGACAGAGGCAGAAGCUCAAGAUGUUGCAGAGACUACUGAAGCAAAGAAACUCCAAGGAGAAGAGGAAUCAGAAAAUAAAGGAAAAGUAGGAGAAGGGUUUGCUUCAUCAACAUCCUCCAAGAAAGAAGAGGGAUCAUUGGAAGAAAAAGAUUUGUCACAAAAACAGCAGCCUAGAACCAGCAGAGCUAGAAGAAAAAACAAGCCCAGAAAGAGCAGCUAAACUGUUCUUCUGAAUCCCCUCUUUUGGGAUAAUUAUGCUGUGUAGUUUGUGGUCAUCUUUUACUCCCCUCUUAUUGCUAGGAAGAAGAUUUCAGUUUCAAAGGAAAUGGUUAUUGCCUGAUUGAACUCCAUAGUUAGCAUUCUUGAAAUGGCAAAUUGUUAUUAUUAUU